AUGACACAAGAUUGUCAACAAGUUGUAGAGCAAGCAUACCUCAACGUGAAUGUUUUUUUGCGAACCUUGGUGUCCAUCAUCACGACCUUGGCCUUUAUGUUCUCCAUCACCGAGCCUCUGACCUUCGUAGCAUUCGUGUCUGUGCCCGCUGUGGUUGCCAUAUCUAUGAAAUACAGUGCCAUUUUUCGGCAGAUUAGCGAGGAGGCACAGAAAUCCCUUGCCGACGCCAAUGCAGUUGCGAAUGAAGGAUUAGGGAACAUGUCCACGAUUCGCAGCUUUGCUGCAGAAUCGUUUGAGCAGCAGCGCUUUGGGAUUGCCAUAGGAGUUUACAGGAAGCUAAUGAAGAAGCGCGCCAUGUUUUACUUGGUCUACCUCACUUCCACCAUGAUGCUGCCACAGGUUGUGACUGCUGUGGUGCUUUUCUAUGGUGGAAAGCUUGCAAGUGAAGGGCAAAUGGAGGCUGCAGGGGCUGCUGUGAGGGUCUUUGAGCUUUGCGAGCGGAAACCAGAUUGCCCGCUUUCGGGAGAUUUAGAACCUCACCAGGAGCAAGUGGGGGCAUUGCAACUGCGAGAUUUGCAUUUUGCUUAUCCCGCCCGACCGGAUGUCAAAGUCCUAGACGGCUUGAGCCUGGAUAUCCCGGCGAGUCAAGUCGUUGCACUGGUGGGUCCUUCCGGAAAUGGAAAGAGCACUGUGAUUGGUUUGGUGAAGCGGCUAUACCACGCAAGUGCUGGUGAGAUUCUUUUGGACGGGGUUCCAAUUUGGCAAUAUUCCCACACACAUUUCCACCGAGUGGUGUCCAUUGUCGGCCAGGAGCCAGUGCUAUUUGCACGCUCCAUCAAAGAGAACAUUCUGCUUGGCAUGAGCAAUCCAAAAAGAGUUGCUGGGGAGGAGAUCUCCAAUGUCAGUAUUCCAAUCACCGACAACGAGAUCCAGGACUUUGCAAGAAAGGCCAAUGCUCACGAUUUUAUCAGUCAAAUGAGCCAAGGCUAUGAUGCAGAAGUUGGGGAACGAGGUGUUCAGCUUUCAGGAGGGCAAAAGCAAAGAAUUGCUAUUGCCCGUGCGUUGGCGAGGCGGCCAAAGGUGCUGCUCCUAGAUGAGGCAACCAGCGCGUUGGACGCUGAAUCUGAGUCUCAGGUCCAGCGUGCUAUUGACGGAAUGAUUAAAGAAGGCUGCAUGACUGUGGUGAUCAUAGCCCACCGGCUCAGCACUGUCAAGAACAGCCACAAGAUUUGUGUGAUCAAAGGUGGUCAGGUUGUGGAAGAAGGGCGACAUGAGGAUUUGCUGAAACGAGGGGGCUCUUAUUUCCAGCUGGUGCAAUGUCAGCUGAAUGCGGCCGAGCCCAGCGAUAAAGUUGACGAGGCCCAUGACUAUUUGCGCUUGCAGUCUGCUUUGCGUGUCUACGCUGAGAGAUAUGGACCAAUCGCUGAGGUAGGAUUGCAUUGGAACUUGGACAAGACCUUGGUGGCAUCAGUGGCACAGGCUCCGGAUGUGCACAGCCAUGGUGACGGAGAAACGUCCGCAGCUUCUCAAGUGGGAGAGCUGCCAAAUGUUCAUGCCAACAGCCUUCGAGAUGUGAGCAUUGAGUCACCCGCACCUGGACCAGCACCAAGCCUCAAUGGGCCAAGUGCGCCUUCGCAGAGUGUGGCAGAGACGAUUUCCAAGACCAUCGCCAGUAUCGAGGAUUCCAUGAAUCUGCCGUCGUGGUUGAAGCAGAUCCGGCAUUGA